ACCCGUGUUCUGAACUGUCCCCGCUGGGUGGGAGCGGUGCUGAGGCCAGACUUCACAGCUAGAGUCCCGUUGAGUCCCCGAGACCCCUGCCUAAGGGGUAGGUUGCCGCCUGUUUCCCGAGGCCCCUGCCCAGUGGUAGGUUGCCGCCUGUUGCCCAAGGCCCCUGCCCAGUGGUAGGUUGCCGCCUGUUGACCGAGGCCCCUGCCCAGUGGUAGGUUGCCGCCUGUUGCCCGAGGCCCCUGCCCAGUGGUAGGUUGCCACCUGUUGCCCGAGACCCCUGCCCAGGGGUAGAUUGCCGCCUGUUGCCCGAGCCCCAAGCCUAGGGGGGAGAUUGCCUGCCUGUUGCUGAAGACCCCCCGUGCCUGGAAUCGUCCCUGGUUUGCG